CACUACUGCUAACCACAGGAAGCAGAGAGCACAGGGCUGCAUGCGGCACAACAAGUCUGCAAUUUGGAGAAAUAUAUCCAUUAUAGUGGCACAGAGUGAUGAGGGUCAGCCCACAAAUUCUGCUAACACGGCUGCUGAUCUGCUGUGUCUUGACAGGGAAAAAUGCUUCUUCUGUCCCACUGCCAUCAUCAAUAUCAAGUUCAAUAAAAGAGUUUCCUUCUCCUAUAACUGGUUCUCCACAGACAGCUGGACACGUCAUCUCACCACCUUCUUCAUCAAUACCAUCAGCAUCCUCAAGUGCACAACAGACCUCUCCUAACCCUCCCACAUCUCCACUGACAGAGAGAACCUCAGCAGAAACUACUCUCCAGUACUCAUCUACCCAACCUGCCAUGUCACCUGUUGAUGCUACUUCAGAUUCAGUUUCAACCCAAUCCACCUACGACCAGGAGACAACCAGGGCUGGACUAACUAACAACACUGGUCUACUGUGCUGUACAGUAACAGUAACACUUAACAUAACAACACCAACAAAUGCUACAGCUGAGGCCACAACAAUGACAACCACCCUCAAAACAACUUCCGAAAAAACAACUUCAAGUUCAACAGAAGACCACUCCACAUCCUCUCCUUCAACGCCAUCUACAACAACUCAAACCAAGGUCUCUAGCACCACCAUGCCUGAAAUAACACAAAGCAGCAACGGCACUACUGCCAGCCAAUUCACCACCAACAACACCGACACUGCCACCACCACCAGCAGCACCAACAACACAGACGCUGCCGCCACCACCACGAGCAGCACCAACAACACCACCACUGCCGCCAACACCACCACCAACUACACCGACACUGCUGCCACCACCACGAGCAGCACCAACAACACCACCACUGCCGUCACCACCACCAGCAGCACCAACGACACCGACACUGCUGCCACCACCACGAGUGCACUGUACUACUACAGGACCCGACGUGCAUCUUACGGACGUCUUCUGGACGAACACAGCAGUUUAGGAAACUUCAACAACCCCAUGUACGACCCUUGA